AUGUUUGCAGAUAUAGAAGACGGCGACAUGGUUACCGAUGAAGAGAACCAAUGGAUGCUUCAACCAAUCAUGAGAGAGGAGAUCGUUAUGGCAGUCAAGAGUUUAGACAAGGACAGUGCUGCUGGCCCAGAUGGCUUCCCGAACUAUUUCUAUAAGGACUGUUGGAGCAUCAUAGGAGAUGAUGUGGUUGUAGCUGUGCAAGAUUUCUUCCUAAAAGCAAAACUUGUUGGCAGUGUUAACCACACCAUGAUCUGCUUGAUAGCAAAACAACAGAGUGCCAUCAGGGUUGAGGAUUAUAGGCUCAUAUCUCUAUGCCACGCCAUUUAUAAGAUUAUUGCAAAAAUUAUCGUUAUCAGGAUGAGGGAUGUCAUCAUGCGACUGGUUCAAAGGAACCAAGCUGCUUUUUCUAAAGGGAGACAAAUUCAAGACAACAUAUUAUGGGCGAAUGAGAUUGCUAAUUCUAAAGAUUUUUGGUCGAAAGGGGGCUGUUUUCUUAAGUUGGACCUCUCAAAGGCUUAUGAUAGAGUUUCUUAG